AAAGGAAAAAGAAAUGCAGAGCAAAUCCCAGGAAGACGGUAGCAAACACACUUGAAAAUAAAGAGGACGGAGAUAAAAACAAUGAAUGGAUGCGCAGAAGGAUUCUGCUCUCAGCCAAUCACAGCAUCCGUGUCCCCUCCUCCUUGCAGUUCUGCUGUGUGAUUGGCUGGUGGGGGCAGAGCUGCAGCGAAAGAGAGAGACUGACAGGAGGAUAAGACAGAAGAAGCUGUCAGCUGAGGACAGCUCUGCUGGUCACACCUGCGUCUCGCUCUCUCUUUGCCAGUGGCUUCACUGCCUCCCUCGACCUCUGAGCUGCUGUGUGUCUGUUGCUCGUUGCUGCUUUCUGAUUCCUAAGAGGGAGAGAGGUUUGAUGCGAUGGACCUGCUGCCCACUGACUGCUGCUGCUGCUGCUGCUGUUUACACCACGGCAUCAUGGGAGCCGUAGUUUCGGCUGCAGUGCUCGAGGACAGCUGAUUAGCCACAGAUUGUGGGUCAGAGUUUGGAGGUGUGAGCGGGUGCGCGGUGGAGUAUCAACAACAACGCUCUCUCUGUCCACUCACUCUGGUUCUAUCUCUGCAGUCUCCUUCCUCUGAUCUCUCCAUCUUCCUUUCACUCAUCAAUUCCUUUCACCUCUCUCUGAUUGGGACCUGUCACAGGAAGAGGGAGGAUGGGCUGUCGCUUCACUCGGGCCAAGUUUCAUGUUACACAGCUGGAAGCUGUUCGACCUGAUGAGCUGAUCAGACCAAAGCCCACUUCAGUCACGUAACAGGCAGAAAGCUGCAUCUGAUGCUUGUUGGAGUGGAGCUUCCAUUUCUGCUGACUGGAAACGAGGCGCUUCACGCUGAAGAAGUGAGCGAGCAGCAAUCAGUGCCAAGACCCAUGAAUCUGCUCAUCACCGACUCCAAGAGGAGCUGCACUUUGUGGAUGAGUACGGGCAGCCAAUCACGAUGCAGGUGGAGGGCAGGAGGGCCCACGCCCACAGGAGGCGGCGGUCCCACACAGAACGACAGUGGGAGGCCCUGAGAGUAAUGGGCCUGAUGGAGGGACAGCACGGCCAGGGCAAUGGCUACCGGGCCGGGCCUUACUACGGUCACAUGACAAUGACCCCUGACCUGUACCCCACCAGUGGUCACAUGAUGAUGCCCCCUGACGUCUAUCCACCCAAUGGGUAUCUGUCCAGGGCGUCGAAUGAGCAGCCCCCAGGCGGGGGCUACCUGCCCACCGUGUCCUACAGCUUGGAUCACCUAGACCGACUGGACUACCAGGUCCCUCGCUGCUUUGUGUCCUGUUCUGUUCCUGCGCUUACACAGAAAGACUGUUAUUUUAUCUGCACGAUUACUUUCCUGUUGCAGAGUCCAGAAAUGUUGCCGUACCAGCCGAACUCAGAGAACUGUCUGAUUGGCUGCUACAACACCGAAGACAUGGAGCCGAAGAACUUCUCCAGACAGUCCGACUAUCGUCCUGCUUGGCGGCCCGACCGUCCUCUUGGAUUCCUUCCUCUCAGUGAGCUUGACAGCGGUCUGGGUUGUGGCCCUGGUAGCCCUCACCACAGGGUGGCGCUGUCUGAAGCCGAGACGGAUGCCAUGUCGUCACUGCCAGGCCACACAGCUUCCUCUCAGGGCUCCUCCUCUUCCUCAGAGUCCCUGAUCUCAUCUGAACUCAGUGACUCGGGCUUCCACAGUGUCAGCACGGGGGAGCACAGACGGUUGCACAAGAUUCACGGAAACCAUCGACAAGCUCACCAUUUGCGCUCAAGCCACUCCCCUCGAGAGCAGAGGGGACGCUGGGACUUGGAGUCCAUCCCUGAGACGACGCUGAUGUCUCAUCCUGGAGCAGCGCAGGCCUCUCGCUGCACUGUGGGGAACAGUACGACCACAACUGUUCACUUCCACAGAGCUGAAAGAAGUCCCACAUUACCACGCCACCACUCGCCACCCUCGCCUUCAGCCGGCUGCCGUACUGAGCCCUGCCAGCGAAGGGCACUAUGGUUGGAGCAACAGCAGGGAAGAGUUGGCACAAUAGAGGCUCCGGGCCGGAGUCGAACAAUCAACGACUUAAGUCUAGGACAACGACAACGCAGAGCCAGUCAUCCAAACACGACUGAUCCAAACAUGCUGACAACCAAAGCCCAGUACAACCAGUCAGGGGCAGCCAGCAGCACACUGGGGCCAAGGAGCAGGGCCAGUUAUCCCAGUAACACAGACAGAACCAGUCUGAACAACCAUCCCAACACAAGAAACAGCAAGGCUACUAACCGCAGCAGAGAAGAAGACGCCCUCUCUAAGAGUCCUGGGUCCGGGUCUAGUGGGGUGUCAGACUGGCGUGGCUUUCAGACUCUUGGCAGUUGCAAUGGAAACAAUAAAGUUUCCUCUUCACCUUCAUACAGCACACUGGGGGCUCUGCAACGUAGCCCUGCGUCACCACCGUCUCCUCGCUCCAGACUGUCCAACCCAAAGUCAGCCAGGAACCAGAUGCUCAGAGCCAGAGCUUACCGACUGGCCCGGGAGCGCAGCGAAGUCACGACAGACGAGGAGGUGCGAGGAAGGGCAGAGGGGGGAGGUGAGGAGGAGGGGGAGGAGGGCCGAUGGGCGGGGCGGUACUGGAGCCGCACAGAACGGAGACGCCACCUGGCGCUGUCACGGCAACAAAAAGAAAGAAGAGGGGGAGUGGAGGAGCACAACGGCGGGGUCCAGUCGUCUCAGAUGGUGCUGGAGCUCAGCCACAUGAAGCAGAAUCGACUGAGGAACAGCAAGCUGCUCGAUGAUUGGACCACAGUGGAGGAGCUUCUGACUCACGGGACACGAGUGGAGAGCGACAGCCAGCUUUGCCCCAGCCCGCUCUUAUCAGUCACCACUGUAUGAGGGAAACGUGACGUAAGGGACGAAGGUGCUGGUGACCACAGUAAGGUCCAGGAGCGGGCGACCUUAAAAACACAUCUGACAGCAGUCAGAUGCCAAUGCAACAUUUACCAGCACAACACUUAGAUCAGGGAACAAAGACAAAGGAUGGAGAAUUGAGGUAUUUGGCUGGAUGCAGGGAUUCACAGUGUAAUGACACCAGUGUUCCUUUGUUUCCUGGCAUUUCCUGGACACCACCAGUCUGUUCUGGUGAGACCACAGCAUGAGAUCCUCCAAAAUUAUUCCAUCUACGUCUGUCACAGGAACGUGUGAGCUGUGCAGGAAUCCGGUGGAUGUGAAUCUGGAGCCCAGUCAAAGCAUUACUGACCCAGACCAACUGUGGCUGGUCAGAUGUGCUGCCUUGUGGAAAAGCUCCAUCUCCUUCUCUGGUUUACGGCCUUUGUUUCCGUCUCUGUGCCAUAAAAUUCAACCUGGACAGGUUGAACUUGUUAGAGGAUUUGUGCAUCCUCCACACGCUUCUGUCCACAGCACUUCUGAUACUCUGAUCACCACUGAUGAUGAUCUGUCCUGGUUCUUUAGCAGAGUCAUGUCCAGGCCAUUACUCAGAUGUCCUCAUUAUGUGCUGAGGUUCUAUUCCAGGGUUCUGGCUGCAUUCAGUGGAAGGCUGGUCUGUUCCUGGAAUGCUCUAAACUGGGAUAUACCACCCGCUUCAGAUGUUAUCAGCCAUAACGAAUGGGCUGAUCAGAACUUAUCAGCACAUUCGUACGGGCCAGUAGGUGCCUGCUCUGCCUCCUCGCGAUCAGCUAGCAGCUAGCUAAGUUGCUACCUUCAGCAGCUUUAGAGGUUAUUGUGGUUAGGGUUAGGGCUGGAUAACGGGUGGGGGGUUCAGGUUACAGUUAGCUAACACAACACCGCUAGCUAUUUGCUAAGUUAUGCUAGCUAAUAAAUCAAAAACUUCGAUCCUCCCGUCGGAACAACAACCGCUCAACAGCGCCCCUACUGACUCUGCUGGAUAAAUCAUCCGAGCCGUGAUCAACCUUACGGAUCAUUGACAACGAUCUACCGCACCUAUUCACCGCUGCCAGCAGGUAGAGGGGCACCUACCGGCCCAUACUUAUGGCUGAUAACCACUGAUAAUGACCAUUGAAUGGCGGGAUAACGUCCGAAGCCGCUAGAUAUACAGUAUGUACUCUAAAAUGUUGCAAAGCAACAGUUUUCAGAAAGUAUUUAUGUUGUGGUUUUGAGGUGUAGAUGAGUUGCUACAGCCGAGAUACAGUCAGACUGGAUUAGCUUAGCCUUCAUUAACGUGUGCUGAGAAAUGUUGCAUCCUUUAGAGCAAUAUUAAUCACUGUAUAGCAUGUUUCACUGCGUCUGAUGUUCUCACAAUAGGAAAACUAUCUAUUUGAAUUUGGUACAUGUUUGUAUUCGCCCCAGACACAUGACCAUCAACACGGCCAUCAUUUGCUGCCACAGCUGCACACUUGCUGGUCAAAGGCUAAACCUUAGGGUGUCAGAGUAGAAGGUGAUGAUGCAUUUCCUCUGCAGACUCCUGCCACAGGGAUCCCAGACAAAACACAGAGAAAACUGGGAAUCCAGCAUUUGCUGCCGUUUGCCACAGUUUGUGUUUUAGUCAAACCUCUCGUCCUGACCCUUCAGGAGUCUUUGGGUUCAUCUGUUGGGAUCACAAGUCCAAGUGUGACCUUGACAACAGAACUGUCUGUCCCUGAUAGUAACCACUAACACAAAUUUGCAUCUUAUACUUAAACAGGACAGAAAACAGAUCAGAGCAAACCUACAUUUAAUGCUGGAAUGAGAUUUUGUCCAGUCUGUCAAUUCAAGUCAUUAAAUUCAGGUAGUUCCUCCUUAAGUGGUCAGAUGAGUUGAAUGGUGGUUUCAGAACAGGAGGCAGCACAUGAAGGACUCGGGUCAUGAACAGGGUUCAUGUUAUUUAUACCCACUGUUCAAGGCAACUUUGUUACAUAUGAGACAAUGUGAACUUAUUUUCAUAUCCUGUCAGACUCUGGGAGAAGGUGUGUGUCAGAGAGAAAACACACUAUUUGAUACUUGUUAGUAGUGUUUAGCUAAAGAUUGUUAGUUUGGUUUGUGAUAAUGCAGGAACAUUGACUGUACAGCAAAAACCCUACUUAGGUUUCUCGGCUUGAACCUUUGUUUUGCCUCUACCUUCUUCCACCCACAUCCUGAUAAACCAACACGCUGCGUCUGGAGCCGUCACUGUGCAAGUUAAGGUCCGACUGACAAAUUCCCGAAAACGACCUCAAGCCUUGGGAUGAUUGUAUAGACACAAGCCUGCAAAUAUAUUUUUUGUAUUAUUAAAUUACUAUACUGCAUGUCGGAAUGUGAAACUUG